AUGAGCUUUUCAACUUCAAGAUCAGCGACUUCAUGUCUUCAAAAUCUAUCAAGACGUUAUUCGACCGGAAAAAAGUCCCAGCGUGCUUCGUCCUCCGGUGCAUCUUCAUCUACAAUCCAACCUCACUCUACAUUGCCGCCGGCCAAAAUGCGAGCUCUUAUUGCUCUAUAUCACCAGGCCGAGUCCUGGAUUACCCCAGAGAACCUCGCUGAAAGAAUCGACAACGCAUUUGUCCCAUUGCGCACUGCCAGUCAGAACAUCAUCGACCCCACUCUUUCUUCGACUUUCCACACGCGGGUAUCGCUGUCAGACUUGGAAAAAGCAAAGCGUAACAUGGAUGUUGCCCCCAAAUAUGCUCAGUACGACAGGAAUCAAAGUAUUGAAUAUGGCGCUGCGAGCUUUAACUGGUCGAAGAGCAAUUCGAAGAGGGAGAACAAAGUCAUCGAGGCUUUAUAUGGCGUAUCCACAUCAGCAACUGGCAAUUCACUUCCCAGUCUACAGGUACUGGAAGAGGCAGCUGAAUCUGGAUUGUUGAAUCCGGAAGAUUUCAACAAGGAUGCGUUCACACAGGAAAGCAAGGAGACGACGGAUGAAAAGCCGACGGAUGAAAAGACGACGGACGAAAAUACGACGGGUGUGUUAAGAAAUCAAAUAAGUUAA